ACAAUCGGCAAUUUUCGACACCCUUCGCUCAUCCCCGGCUACUUUCGUCCACCAAUGAGAACAAAGUAUUUUUGGCGCCGUAACAAUUCGGCAAUUGUCGGGUCUCAGUUGAUUGAUCUCAUCGUACCGUAGGUUCAUGAGACGACGACAGAAGCCGUGAAAGUCAGUCCUUAAAGUAAGUCUGAUUACACCAGAAGGUCCAAGCCCUUUGUAUGGGCACAACACAUUCCCAGGAGACCACUGCAGAGGAGGGAUCCUUCAAUGAUCUCACUCACAAACCUUCAGACGCCAUGAAUCCCAGUGACCAGCGGAACAUUCUCCCCCAGCCUCCACCCCUGUACCCGACAAACAAUGAUUCGUCAGUUGGCCAGGGAUCAUAUGGAUCGCCUGCCAUGCAAGGUAUGGCCUCAGUGGCUGGUUACCCUGGAAGUUCGCAGUCCUACUCUCAUAUUCCAAUCAAUCCGGUGCCAGGACCACCCUACCAUAAAAUAGCACAACCCAUGAGGUCACAAGAACCCAUGGUGUCUCAGCAGUCAAUGUACCAGCAAUAUCCCCAGCAGAGCUUCGGACAGUCAACGUAUUCACAGUCAUACUCACAACAGUUCUAUCCACAGUCAUCAUACCAGUCAUAUAAUGCCCCAAUGCACACUAUGCAGCAGCAGUCGUACAUCCAACCACACAUGCCAUAUCAGCAAUCACAGCCACACUCUUCUCCCCAGAAGUACAUGUACCAACAGCCCUACCAACAAGACCAAAACACUGCGCUUCAACAACCUCAGAUGCCAGUUGCUAAGCCACAGAUGCCCAUACAACCACAACCGCAGGUGCUUCCAGUUCCACCUCCCAACCAACCGCAACCUUACCAACCUCAACCUAUGUCACAGACUCAACCACCAAGCUCAAUCUACCAGCCACCAGUUGUAGAGAAUGCCUCACUACAACCACCAAACUCCCAAAUGAACCCGCCUCAGAAACCAAGCACACCUCCCAGUCAGAUUCAGCCGAGCAAGGACCCAUCAUCGGUAAUGCCUACCCCACCAUCAGAUUCAGCACCCUCAGAAACCUCUGACGUGCCCCCUGGCUCUCCAGAAAUAAAACUGACAAUCAAGAAGACAUUUGAUAAGGGGCGGCCACGAUUAACAUCAAGUCUUGCUGGAAAGGAAGCAAAUGAAAAGACAGAUGCCGUUGGGAGUGGCAGUGAGAUGUCUAAAGAGGAAGAACAAACUCAGUCUGACCCCGGCCCUGACACCCAUUCAAGAGACCAACCCAGUCCCACUCCAUCAAAGCCAAAGACAGUUGCCCAAAAGAGAGAGAACUUCAAAGUUGGAAAGGCUGCUGUUUUACCCAAACCAACACUGCAAGCAAAUCCGCCGCCAACUUCCUUUGAUGAGAAGCCAUGUGAAUGGCUUGUGGGUGACCUUGUUUGGUCAAAAGUGACAGGACAUCCAUGGUGGCCCUGCAUGGUGGCAUAUGACCCAAACUUAGGCAUUUACACCAGAAUGAAAGGAGCCUAUGGGAAGAGUUACCGCAUGUACCACGUUCAGUUCUUUGGAGAAGUUCCAGAGAGAGGCUGGGUUAGUGGCUGCAGUAUGCGCAAAUUCAUAGGCCGUAGUCAGUAUGACCAACUAGUCCAAGAACUGGUAGCUAAAGUCAAACGAAAGGAUCGUACUAGAAUGAUGGCUAAACUAGCCUUGAAGCCUAGCCGGAAAUCUGCUUGGGAAACAUCCGUGGUGGAAUGUGAAAAAGCAUUACCCAUGAGCAGACAUGAACGGAAACUCAAGUUUACCUUUAAGUAUGAGAUCCCAAAGUCGGCAACCGGAAGCCUAUCAGGAGAACAGAUCGACAUAGUGUCACUAGGUGAUUCUCCUAAAAUGAAGGCAAAACGGGCUUAUAAAAAACAGCAAGACAGUGAAGCUGCUGCAGCUACAACUAAAGUGUCAAGCCAAGAUCUAACUCAAUCCAGUACUGCUUCCAUAUCAACUCCAGACAGACAUGAUCCCACAGGAAACCCACCAUCUGAUGAUGACAAUCCCAUACUCCCAGUGCCUCGGACUAAAAGAAAAUACCAGAAGAGGAAAUCCAGUGACAGAGCAAAGACUUCCCCUGUUAAGGACUCACCCAGAACAAAGAGGAAGCGUGGUCGUAAGUCAUUUCAGUACCUUGCAUUCUGUAGCAAGCAUACGGAGGAGUUGACAUCACAGCAUCCCGAUAAGAGUAAGGUGGAAAUAAAUGCUUUACUUGAAGACAAAUGGGAAGAAAUGACAGAGGAGGAAAAAGCCAAGUAUGGCACCAGUCCAGCAAGGGCAACUCCAGCUACUCCAAGACGAGCAAGGAAGCGUAAGGUACAAGAUCAGAGUCCUGAAUUGGAUGUGGUUGUAAAGCGAUCUCGCAGGGAGACUAAACCAUCCAAGAAACUCCAAGAAGCUGACUUAGAUAACCUUGGCUUCUCCCCAAAGAUGACAAAGUCUCUGAAAUUAAAUGAUGAAGAGUCCGAGAACAAACGAAGCAGAUCAACCAAUACUCUUGCUGUCACUCCAACCCCUGAUGGCAAAGAGAUAGAUGCCUCAGUAAAAAAGAGGAGACGAGGACGUAAAACCAAGCAUCUGACCAAUGGAGACCCAGUCCUGAACAGAGUACCAGUGAAACCAGUUAAGACUGGAGGGGAGGCUAUUGCAACUGAGAUGUCUAAAGAUUUUGCUGAGAUGCAGGAGGAUGAACCAGGCUUGAUCAUUGAUACAGACCUGAUUACUGGCGCCAUUGAAUCAGCUGUGGAUGGUCCCGAUAACACCAAUGGAGUUCCCUUCAGCAUCAGUGGCCAUAGCUCAGGAGAUGAGCAAGCUAGCACCAGCAAUGCAUCACAGACCAGCAGCACCAAUGGGGCUGCCAGGGAGAAAGGAGCUGGUGCUGCCAAAAAGGAGAAUGUUUGUCAGGUGUGCGAGGGUCUUGGAGAGCUGCUUCUUUGUGAAGGAGGAUGCUGUGGGGCAUUCCAUCUAGAUUGCAUUGGACUUCAAACAACGCCUAGUGGGACAUUUAAAUGUGAUGAGUGCAUAUCAGGAGUUCAUUCCUGCUUCGUCUGCAAGGUGGGAGACAAGACUGUCAAACGUUGCCAUGUAGGUAUCUGUGGCAAGUACUACCAUGAAGACUGUGUUAAAAAGUUCUCUCGGACUCGGAUUGAUAACCGUGGGUUCACCUGUCCAUUACAUACCUGCACCUCCUGCUUUGCUGAUAACCCCAAGAAUCCCAAAGCCAGUAAAGGUCGUUUGGUACGUUGUGUUCGCUGUCCUGCGUCGUUCCAUGCUGGUGAUAGCUGUAUAGCGGCUGGUAGUAUUACUCUGGCCUCCAAUUCUAUAGUUUGUAGUCAUCACUUUAAACCAAUUAAAACUCAAAAACAUCAUGCAAGAGUUAGUGUCAGCUGGUGUUUCAUCUGUUCAGUAGGUGGUGAUCUGAUCUGUUGUGAUAGCUGUCCUGCUGCCUUCCAUGCAUCCUGCAUUGGAAUCUCAUCAAUACCAGAAGGCAACUGGUACUGCCGAGACUGUAGCAAUGGUAAACGACCUCGUUACAAUGAUAUCAUCUGGGUCAAGCUUGGAAAUUACAGAUGGUGGCCGGCCCAGGUCUGCAAUCCACGCAAUGUUCCUACCAAUAUCCAAGAAAUGAACCACCAAGUUGGGGAAUUCCCCGUCCAAUUCUUUGGGUCGCAUGACUACUUCUGGACCCAUCAGGGGCGUGUUUUUGCUUACCACGAGGGGGACAAAGGAAGCAGAGAGACGGCUGCAUCCAGAGGAUUGGCAACAGUCUUCAAAGCAGCUCUCUGUGAGGCAGCUGAGAAGUACAAACAGUGGAAGGGUUUCCGAGAGCAGAAAGAGGCCAGGGAACUUGAGAACAGCAGUAAGAAGCCAAGACCAUUCAAGUUUAUCAAGACCAACAAACCUGUAGGUCGUGUACAGAUGCCACCAUUUGAUAUCAGCAAAUGCCAGCCAUGUGACUGCAAACCAACCAGUGAAAACCCUUGUGGUAAAGACAGUGACUGCCUGAACCGUAUCCUCCUGAUUGAGUGUCACCCUCUUGUGUGCCCAGCUGGGGAUAAAUGCCAGAACCAGCGUUUCCAGAAGAGAGAGUACCCAGAGUCUCGACCGGAGAAGAUGAGCAAACGAGGCUGGGGGUUGAUGUCACUAGUUGACAUUAAGAAGGGUGAUUUUGUCAACGAGUAUGUUGGAGAGCUAGUUGAUGAAGAGGAAUGCCGCGAGCGCAUUCGUCAAGCACAUGACAACAACAUCACUGAUUUCUACUUCUUGACGCUAGACAAAGAUCGCAUCAUUGAUGCGGGGCCAAAAGGAAAUUUGUCCCGGUUUAUGAACCAUUGUUGUCAGCCUAACUGUGAGACACAGAAGUGGACUGUGAAUGGUGACACGCGAGUUGGAUUAUUUGCCAUCUGUGAUAUUCCUUGCAACACGGAACUCACGUUCAACUACAACCUGGACUGUCUAGGCAAUGAGAAAAAACGCUGCGAGUGUGGAGCUCCCAACUGUAGUGGCUUCAUUGGGGUCAGGCCAAAGACUGCAUCAGCUGAAGCAGUAGCUGAGAAGUACAAGAAAGCAGCCAAUAGAAAAAAACUGAAACGACGGAAACGCAAGAUGAAGAUGGUUGUCAAGGUGAACCAUGACGAUGUCUGCUUCCGAUGUGGUGAAGGAGGAGAACUUGUCAUGUGUGAUCAUAAGAACUGUCCUAAAGCCUACUGUUUAGGAUGCUUGAAACUUGCCAAACCACCACACGGAAAAUGGAUUUGUCCAUGGCAUCACUGUGACGAGUGUGGCAAGUUGGCAACGCAACUGUGCGAUGAGUGCCCCAACUCCUACUGCAAUGGCCACUCAGAGGGUAACAUCGCUGUCUACAACGAGAUGAGACUGUGCAAAGAUCAUGAUGAUGAAGAUCGUGAACAGCUGAUGAUGCAACGGAGGCUCAAGGAAGAGUUGAGAGAGAUUGAGAAGAAACAGAAGGAGGAAGAGGAAGAAGAAAGACGGAAGAACCAAGAGGAAAAACUGGCCAGGAAAGAGAAGAAGAUGCAGAAGAAAGAGAAAUUGAAACUGAAGGAGAAACGGAAAGAGCGCAAGAAAGAAAAACGACAAGAAAAGACCCAGGAAAUUACAGAGGCUGGAAAUAUUGAUAAAAACAAAGUAAAGAAGCGGAGGAAUAGAACCAAGAAAAGUACUAAGGAGGAAGCUGCUACCAAGAGGAAAGCCAAGAAAUUGAAGCAAUCCAAGACCCUGUCAGAUGCUACAGUAACAAACAGUUUACCUCCACAGGAGGCUGAGUCACCAGAAGAUCUGGGUUUCCUCUUGGAGGAUAGUGAGGCAGAGCUAGUGAUUGAUGAGGAUUUCCAAGAGAAAAAAACUAGACGCACAAAGAAGGGCCAAGACAAAGCUUCCACCGCAACUGCAGUUCCUAAGUCUGGUCCAAAAGGGAGCAAAAGUAAAAACAGACAACCUAUUGAGCCUCCCCAAUCCACAUAGCAGCGUCAGAAGGAAUUUUAAAAGAAUUUUUUAACGUGGUAAAAAUUUGAAAUAGAUGAAAUACAUUUGCCAUAAUUGAUGAUUGUACUAGUGUGUCGGUGAAAAUAGGUGGUAUUAGAAAUGAUUUUGUUUUUAAAAUAAACUGAGAUCAGAAGUGUAGCACAACCCGAAAUAUCAUGAAUGACAUCCUUGAGAAGAGUAAUAAAUACCAUGUUACAUUUUUGUUGUGGUUGUAUUCACAAAUGUCAAAAGGCCUUACUAGUUUCCCUCAAGGUUUCCAAAGUAUGGUUGUCUUAAUACCUAGAACCUCACUGGUAGACUAGUACAUGAUGCAUCUCAGCUGGGGUCAUACUCAUUGAAAUGUCAUCCUCUCAAGUUCAGAGAUGCCUGUGCCAUACAGAUCAUGAGUUGGUGAAGUUGGGCUGUGGUUGUCCCAAGCUCCUUCUCCAGCUCAAUUAAGUUUAUGUGUUGCAAGCAGUUCAGGAACGUUCUUACAUAUUAAACAAGAUUUAUUAGAAAUAAAAUUCUCCCCCUUAGCUUUUGAGCUUAAUAUUCACAGUGCACUUAAUAUCUGCUCUUGGUUAUUGUUACGUUUUCAGUUUGGUGUUUGUAUUAUUUUUUUGGGGGGAGGAGGUUUUUAACGAUAUGGUUUUUUAUGUUCAGGUUCAUUUAUUUGUCCUGAAUCUGUAAAGUUGUGUUCAAGAAUUUUUUUAAAAUGAGACAGUAGUACUUGGCUUUUCUGUACUUUGGCAGUUAGGAAGAAUUCAAAUGUUGCAUCAGUCUUAUUGUGGAAAAGUUUGUUCCAACAGUCGAUUUCAAAGUUGUGCUUUAAAUAAAAGACAAGGCAUCUAAAAAUGACUGAAACCACAUUGGAUGAAGCUGGGUGGUCAUUCUCUCUCGUAGAUUUCAGCUUCUGUUUUCAGUGAUUGUCAACAAUGUUUAUUCAGAUUACUUUCUGUUUUUUACCCUGGUCAAGGCUGAAUCAUGAGCAAAUUCAGAAAUUGUUGGUGCAUAUUGAUGUGUAAGUACUGCAUCUUUCAUGCAGCCAUGGGGUUUUGUCAUUUGUAGUUUGGCAUGGGAGACUAUCACAACUGUUUACCUUUCCUUUAGAAUACAAAGUACAUGUGUGAUCUAUUUUAUUCUGAGAACCAUCGAUUUGUUGCCAAAAAUGAAAUCCAUUUUUUUUGCUUGGAUGACAGUACUAGGCACACAGGACAUGGUUUUGGGCAGUUCCUGUAUGUUUCCAAAUUUUUGUAGUAAGUGAAAAACAAUUUUGUCUUGUUUGUAAUCUUCCAUUGUGUUGGAACAAAAAACCAUGUAAAUAACUUGAAGCAAAUACAAAUAAACACCAAAUCACCUGGUUCCAAUUGUUUUGGAUCACUGUGUAAAAAGGUUCGAAAGAACAGAAGACGAUUGAAUCUUAUCCCUGUGAUGGUGGUGUGUGAGAAAAGUUGGAUUUGCUGUUAUCAGUACAAGUUGAAUGUUUGAAAAAUUGUUUGAAACCUAGACAUACAGUGGCUAUUAGAUAUGUAAAAUAAUGUACUAGGAAAUGAUUAAAUUUGAUACUUGUUUAAA